AUGUAUUCUGCGCCACCCGGUAAUAUGAGUGUACCCCUUGUAACGGCUCGAGGUUGCCGUGAUAAAAAUGUUAACGGCCCAGGUCGGUCAAAACGACUAUCCGUAUUUUCACCGUAAAUUUGCUUCAUACGGCAUCGUAAACGGACCGUAUUUUCUCCGAAUAUUGGGAACAGUAAUACGGCACCGUAUACGACG